AUGGAUUGUGCAAACAUUAUAGCUUGGAAUGUGAGAGGAGCUAGAAAUAAGCUGGCUCGGGUGCAUCUGAAACAAUUGGUAAAGAAUUUUCAUCCGUAUGUUUUUAUCAUUUUAGAGACUCAUUGUGCUUUCCAAAAGAUGGCUGUCUUUUGGAACAGAUUAGGUUAUACUCCUAUUCAUAUUGAAGAAGCUCAGGGGCAUAGUGGAGGUAUUUGGGUGCUCUCUGCAUGGCCCGGAGUAUCUUGCAAUGUCGUGGCAGCGAGUUCGCAAGUGGUGUGUGUUGAGUUUUCGAAUGGCGGUUUCUCUUGGGUCUAUGCAGCAAUUUAUGCAAGUUCCGUUCCUAGCAUAAGGGAAGAAGCUUGGAGGGUUUUGACAUAUUUUUCCAGAAAUUAUUCAGGUCCUUUAUUAGCUAUUGGGGAUUUUAAUGAGAUCCUUCUUUCAUCCGAGGUUAAAGGUGGGAACUUUGUCUCUCGAAGGGCAGAGCGGUUUGGAGCUCUCCUAGAUGAGUGUGGUUUGAUUGAUUUGGGAGCUCAUGAAUCUUUGUACACUUGGUUCAGGCAUAUGCAGGGUAAUCGGUUCAUCUCGAAGAGGUUGGAUAGGGCUGUGGCUACUGAUGCUUGGUGCUUUCGUUUUCCGAAAAGCUAUGUGGAGAAUUUGACGAGGAUGCAUUCUGACCACUGUCCCAUUAUGAUGCGAUGUCAAGGUAAUGAUAGAAGAGUCGGGGUAAAACCUUUUCGUUUUCAAGUAGCUUGGUCUUAUCACCCAAGUUUUUCGUCAGUGGUCAGGGGUGCUUGGGACAAGGGUAGACCCAAUCCUAUUCGUUGCUUUUCUCAGGUCAGAGAUGAUACUUUGGCCUUUAACCGAGAUGUAUUUGGGAAUAUUUUUGAAAGAAAGAAGGAAUUAGAGAGGCGUGUGACCAGUAUCCAACAGAGAAUGGAGAGAGUUGAUGCUUUAUCUCUUAUACAGGAAAAAAGGGAGUUACAAGCUAAAUAUAGUAAUCUGCUUAUGCAAGAGGAGUUGUUUUGGUAUCAAAAAUCCCGAGAGCACUAG